AAGAGAGAUGCUGUCUGACCCCAGGAGCUAGCACGUCCCGAGGGGAGCCUGCCCACCCGUUCUGACCUGUCCCUCCCUGCAAGUUCCCCUGCCCGCACCCCAUGUACCCUCCCCUCUCCUGGUUCCAAGCAAGCUACAGCCUGGCCAGGGGAGGAGGAACCCUGGUCCCCUCCUCCAGGAAGGCCUCCGGCCUCCCACUGCAGCCUGGGGCCCCACAGUCCUUGCUGUUGCGCCUUUCUCCCCACCUCUGCCCUCCCCAGGUCAGGGACAACAUCUGUGUCCCAGCAUCUCCCAGCACGGAACCCGCCCCGACUACCUGUCAGUGAACCCAUGACUGGUGAAUGAGCCCUUGAAUGAGUGCAUUACAAAAUGAAGCAGAAUCCUACUUGGGACAGGAAGAAAAGAAUCGACAGUGGGAUGAAGAUCCGGUGUCGGAACCAUGUCCUACGCGACACGUAGCUGUCCUGAUGCCGAGCCUACCCAGCCAGCCCUAAGGCAUCCAGCCCCGCGCGGCCCGGCUGUGGCCGGACGUCUGGCGCGCGCAGCGAGCCGAGGCAGUGCGCACGCACGCCGCCCUCCUUUUUCCUCCCCGCCCCUUGCGGCUCCGACUACAACCCCCAAGAUGCACCGGGACCCGCGGUCUUUCAAACCGGCCAAUCAACAGCCCUCAGCGCUUCCUGCGCGCCGCGUUUAAACAUAAGGCGCAGGCGCGUCGGCCGGGUGUCGCGGCGGCUCUGGACCGGUGCUACAGCGGCGCGCACGGUGGGGGCUUCCCUGGGGGGCUGGAGGAACUCGGGCUCCGACACCCGCCCCGCUUCUGUCUCCUGCUCCUUGCUGUGACCUCUGACAACCCUGGCCGCGGAAGGAGGGGGCGGCAGCGACGUGCCUUCAGCCUGCCUGGCCCCCCUAAGAAGCGGAGAUGGAGGCUCCCAAGAAGGAAGACAUUCUUCUGUUGGCUGAUGAAAAGUUUGACUUCGACCUUUCGUUGUCUUCUUCAAGUGCCAAUGAAGAUGAUGAAGUCUUUUUUGGACCUAUUGGCCAUAAAGAAAGAUGUAUUGCUGCCAGCUUAGAAUUAAAUAAUCAAAUUCCCGAAGAACCUCCUUUGCCAGCUUCUGAAAGACACUUCACCUGGAGUCCACUCACAGGGGAAAAGUUUGUGGAAGUUUAUAAAGAAGCUCACCUACUGGCCUUCCAGAUACAAAGCAAUGGCAGAACCAAGGCGGUCCAGGCCGCCCAGCCCGAAGACCCUGGGAGCCAGGGAGUGGAAAGAUUCAUUCAGGAGUCAAAACUCAAAGUAAACCUCUUUGAUAGAGAAAACGAAAUGAAGAAAAGCCCCAAGUCACUUAAGCGGGAGACGUACUGCCUGUCGGACGGCCUCUGGAGGGCACCUCUGCUCCGGGGCACUCAGCCCACCUCCAGCACAACCCUGCCAGCCUCUCCUGCCCAGGCCAGCCGCCCCGAGACCUCGGGGAUGCCACCUGCCUUGUGCCCUUCUCUGCCAGCAGAGCCUAGUGCUGCUCAGCCUCCGAACCAGGCCGGGGCCCCGAAGAAGGUCGCCAGCAAGUUGCCGCCACCCCGAACCUCGUCCCUUCGAGGAAAGAGCCUUCACUCGGCUGUGGAGAAGGAAGUGACUGUAGCAGGCGAGUUGUGUCAUGCUCUGCAGACGGUGGAUCCGUGGACACCUGGCUGGGAGCCUGCGAGAGAGAAACCAGCUAGUCCUCCCGGGAUGAAAAUCCAAAAUGAAAAGGACGCCCACAGCAGCAUGCCCCCGGACAAGCCCAGCACCGCCCGGGACGUCGCCAGCCUGCCAGCCAGUGGAAGCCACCUGGUCCCAGGCAAGCGGUCGCUCCCAGUUCCAAACAAGUCCGGGCCGAAGAAGACCAUGCUGAAACCACCUGGGUGUGCUGGUGGCCUGGCGGGAAGGUCCUCGUCGGGGUCUGUCUCGGGCCUGAGCUCCGCUUCUCCUGCGGCUGGCAGAGCUAAACCAAGUGAACGUCCAGGCAUCUCUGUGGACAGUGCCCGGUCAAGCUCCAGCCAGACGGGCAGAACGGGGCACGGCCUGCCACGGCCAACCCUGAAGGCGGGCCCUGGGGGCGUGGCCUGCAGGCAAAGCCAGAGGCCAGGGGCUGCGGAGUGGCCUGCGGAGCAGCCCAGGGGGCCCCGCAGAGCAGCCCUCCCCCAGCCCCAGACCCCGGACCAGGGAGGCCCUGGGCCGCACUCUCACUGUGGUUUGUCACGGUCUCCUGAGAGGGGCGAGACCGGAGGCACAGUGAGGCGCGGCUCCUGUCUGAACUCCAAGGCGAAGGCUGUGCCUGCCCCUGCGAAUCAAUUUAAAAUUCCCGGGUUUUCUACUGGUGAACCCCCGGACGGUGCGACGCCGAAGUCCUGUCGGGCGCAGAGGCCACAGUCCUGCACGUCGGUGGGGAGGGUGGCCCACAGCACUCCCGUGAGGUGGUCCUCAGCCGCGCAGAGCCUUGUCAGCAGCUCGAGGACCCCCGUGAGCACGAGGCGCCUGUCGGCCCUGCCUACGCCUGCCGGCCGCCGGCUCUCCACCCUCCCUCUGGCAACCCCCACAUCCAGGCCCAGGCCUCUGGCUUCUCCCCUGCCUGCAUCUGCUCGGCGACUCUCUUCUGAGCCCCAGAAAAAAUCCACAGUGAGAACUGCGCCUGCCAGGGAAGGCGACGGCCAGCCUGCGUCCAGGCGCCCUGACUUGUCCCCUGACGGGAGCUGCUCACCUCUGUCUGCUGUGCCGCAGGCACUGGACUUUUCUCCAGAAAAGAGUGAUUUUACUUUUUCACAAAGUAUCACUGCAGAAGUCGCCCUGGACCAAGCGCAGCCCCCUGAAGCCACAGCCCCCAGUGAGGCUCUCCUCGUGGACGUCAAACUGGAUCAACUCAGCCUCGCCGUGGAGGCUGUGGCCACAGCCCCGGACGACCGCCCGCUCAUCGACUUCUGCAGGAGCCCCGAGGCGGCUGUGGCCCUGCCGUCGGGAAGUGGGCCCCUGGCCGACCUCCUGACAAACACCCCGGAGGCGCCCAGGAGGGCCGCGGCCAAGCCGCCAGACGAGGUGGGACAGCUCAUAGACUUGGCUUCCCCUCUGAUCCUGCUGAGCCCUGGGGCUGACAAGGAGAACAUGGAAUCUCCGCUCCUCAAGUUCUGAGUGGAGUGAAACUCUGUGCACUUUACUCAGUUACAAGAACAGUCCUAAAGUGGUACUCAACUGUCAGAGAUAAGUUUUAGAAGAAUUUGUGUUGGAAAAGUUGUAAAACGAAACAAAAACCUAAGUGAAGUUACCGUGCCUGGAGCGGGCCGUGGUAUUGGGGGGCGGUGUUUGGCCACCUAAGGUCACUGCAGGCCAAUGGCCUCCAUCCUCCUGGCCCCACUCCCGUCCUGGGUGCAGAGUGAAAAAUGGGUACGUUCUGGACGAGUCUGGAUUUUUUGCAUAUAAAAUAGCAAGUGACCAUCUUUAAAGUUAAGAUUGUAUGAAAAGUUAAAUAUUCUAGUUUAAGUUAAAUGGUAAAGUAAAUGAAAAUGGAUUAAACCACCUCUUGAUGUUUAAGAUUAUCCUAAUUUUCAAAGACAGAUGGCUGUUUUUAUUACUGA